AUGCCUGGAGAGAACACUAGGUCGUCGUCUCGCAAAGACGAGGCGGAAUCAUCAAGAACUCCGGCCAAGAAGGCCAGUGGAAAGACUCCAGCUCCGGUCGCAACACCUACAAAGGCCAAGAAGGUCCAGGUAGUAGCUCCCGACGAGAGCCAGGGCGACCCCUUCCGUGAGCCUGGGCAAGCCCAAGACUCAGCAGAGGAGGAGAGCGACGACGAGGACAUUCCGGCUACAACCGCCAAGAAAAUUCGACUUUGGGUCGUCGGUGCGCACGAGGAUACCUGUUUCCAUUUCCGUUACAAGAACGCCAAGGUGCUGUACAGCUUUGGAAAUGUUGAUAGAUGUACCGGAGUUCACAAGUUGGUCCUUUUGAAUGAUGGCGUCCACGACAAGGCCAAGUAUCUCAACAGAUAUAAUCACCAACUCCUUGUCUGCAUCAGGAGCUUGUCUGGAUAA